AUGCAUUGCCCACACGUGUGUAGUGAGCUAGCCAACCAGGGCCAGGUGAGAAUCCUGGCCACAGAAACCUUCACUUUAUCCACAAUGAGUAAAGCAUUUGGCAUGUGGGAAGUGAUACAUGCUGGGGGAAAGAUAAAGCAGAGGAGGAGGAGAGGAGGGAUGGCCUAGGGUGUAGGUUGCGAUUCUAGAUCGGAUGGCCAGGGCCAGCCUCUAUGAGAAGGUGGUAUUUGAGCAAAGACCUGAGAAUCUUUAUCUGCCUUUGCAAAAAUGACCACUCUGGCCUGAGGAGGGGCCCAUGGAAGGGGUCUUACUGCCAAGGAAGCAAUUCCAGUUCCUGAUGGCUCUCCCCAGCUCAGGGCUGAUUAUGUUUGUGCUCCAGGUGUUGUUUGGUUCCAGCUGUCUGACACCACCUCCUCUCCUCCGCCUACAACUCCCAUGGCAUCAGACACUGAGUUACCACAGCUGUGCUGAUGCUCCUCUCCUCCAGCGUUCCCGGAAAUUCUCUGGGAAUGGGCACCUGAUUGUGCCUGGGACGGAGCAGCCAGGGCAAGGACUGAGCUUCCUGUGGGUGCUGCUCGGCCUGGAGAGGCCCCUGACCUUUGGGGAGGUGGCUGGGCUUCCCCAGUCUGAUGAGCUGCUAUCUUCCAGACCCUGACACAGACGCGGCCACCAUGCAGGAGGUCAGAGAGGCUGUGCUGGCCCUGUGGCUGCCCACAGACUCUGCCAAAGUCCUGAAGAGGAUGAGUGAGAUCCAGGCCAUUGCAGCCAGGCUCCCCAACGUGGACCUGGUGCUGUCCCAGACCAAGCAGGACAUCGCCCGGGCUUGCAGGCUCCAGGAUGAGGCUGAGAAGGCCAGGAGCCAAGCCCAGGCAGUGGAGGGCCAGGUGGAGGACGUGGUGGGGAACCUGCAGCAGGGCACCAUGGCACUGCAGGAGGCCCAGGACACCACACAGGGCACCUGCUGUUCCCUUCAGCUUAUGCAGGACAGGGUUGCCGAGGUUCAGAAGUUCCUGGGGCCAGCAGAAAGACUGGUGACCAGCAUGAAGGAGCAGCUGGGUGACUUCCGAGCUUGGACGGAGGCGCUCCAGAGCCAGGCAGGGCAGCAGUGAGUGCAAGCAGCCCAGGCCCAGCAGCUCGCAGUGGGCACCAGCCAGCAGGCACUGAGUGCCC